AUGACAGCUCCUGAUGACGGCUCCAACCACCUGAUCAUGUUUAUAGCUGGACGAAGAAUAAUUGCGACGGAUGUUGUGUUGAAGAGGAAUGUGCAUUGUGCUGAGGAUGAUGACUCUGGUGCAGAAGGAAUGAAUCUGCUCCAUCAGACGUUACUGGCCGUAUAUGACUCUCCAUUGGCUCACGCAGGACUCCUGGAUGUGUACGUUGUGACCCAGAGGAACCAUUGCUUGAAGUUCCACCCGCUUUACCGAAUGCCGAGAACAUUCCCGGUCUUUAGAAAAGUCAUACGGACUCUGUACGCCAGUGGCGACGGCCGCAUUACCGCCCAAAACGAGACCCAGGCUGUUAACGACACCCAGGAAAAGGAAAGUCCGAAUGGUAGUGAGAAAAAGGAAGAAGGUCGAAUUAAGGACCAGAAAGUGGAGGAAGGGGCGCCGGCGAGUGAGCAGCGACCUAGGCCGGGCACUGUCCUCAUCAAAAUAAUCGGCAACCAACAGACUGAGGAGCUCAAGGCAACCCCGGGCUUCCGCAUAAUCGUAGACAACAGAGCAAAGCAAUUGCUGGAUGGGGAAUGCCUCCGAAACCUGGUGCAAGGAUAUAUUCCGACGGGGCAAGAAGAUCCCUUAACCCUGGAGUUUGCCCUGCAACCACCAGAUUUCAAGUACACCCAUCCUUUCGUCAAGACUGAUAUCGGCUACCGCGUUUCGGACUUCGCCGUCUCACCUUUUGUCCAGGCAAGCCGCACGCUCCUCUUGAUUGCUGACACGAUAUGUGAUCCUGAGAAGCUACCAGACAGACGCCACGAAACCAUUCCCGACAGAGAACAGACUGGUGACACUGUGUAG